CAUUUUUUUAAUAAUUUCUCCCCGAAUUUGCAUACUGUCGCUACAUGCACUUGCCCAACGGCAUUCAGCGAGACGCCUUUGAACACCGCGCCGCCGCAUCUCACCGUCACGGCCGUUGUUGUGUCCUUUAUGGUUGGAUAUCUGGAUGCACUCUUGCUUAAAUAAGUCACUUUCGUUCUUCCUUUGGUGAUUAACUUGGCCUGUCUUCUGGUCCAACUCAGAUGGCUUGUUCCAUUGUGAGAUCACUUUUGAGAUUCCCAAGUUGUAGCAUUUGUGGUUUUACAAGGCCUGCCUCUGCUUGCUCUUUGUGGUAUAACUAUAGCAACUACCGGAGUUAUGUAAGUUUCCUCUUUGUUCAGAAAGCAAAUAGAAGAGGAUUGGCAAUCACUACCUCUACCCGUAGACUUAGUAUGGAAGCAACCACAAAUUACAAUUCUGGUUCUUCUAGUAGUACUAUCAGUACUUGUGAGACUGGUGGUGGUAGGGAGUACCUACUGAUGACAGAUGAGAAGCUAAUGAGCCAGUGUGAGAUGGACACUUUUAAGGCAUCAGGCCCAGGGGGACAGCAUCGCAACAAGCGUGAGUCUGCUGUGCGUCUUAAGCAUCUUCCAACAGGCAUUAUAGCUCAGGCAGCGGAGGAUAGAUCCCAGCACAAAAAUCGGGCAGCAGCCCUUGCUCGAUUGCGUACACUUUUAGCUCUUAAAGUUAGAAACACUGUCGAUCUUGAUACGUAUGUACCUCCUCCGGAACUUGUUCAAAUUCUUCCUGCGAAGUCGACUAUGAGAGGAUCGGAUAGAGGGCCUCAGAUAGGACCAAAUAAUCCUAAGUUCGUUCUGGGAAUGCAGGCUCUGCUUGAUCUAAUUUUUGCGGUUGAGGGUUCUGUUUCAGAUGCUGCAAAGAAGUUAGGGUUGAGCACUGGAGCUUUAUCACGGCUGAUAUUAUCUGAUGAUUCUCUUCGAAUGGCAGUGAAUGAGUUUAGGGCUGCUAAGGGUCUGAAGCAGCUCAAGUAGGAGUAUUACUGGACCAGUUAUAUUUCAGGUAGUAUUUGCUCUCGACGUUGAUUUCCUCUUAUAUUUGUAGUGCUCUUUACUUUUGUAACUAUGUUAUGCAUGUAUGAGAUUAAGAGAGAGCGUCCAUUGACUGUCGUUCUAAGUAGUAAAGUACAAUAGCACAAUAUCAUUAUUUAAUCAGAAAACAGAACAAUAAAGUCAAUGACUAAACUGUCUAGCUGGUACUUUUCAUGAUAGGCCCCUGAAUUAUACCAUUUGAUUUUCGAAGCUACUAUACUUUGUUCUCUUAUAUUUGGGGUUUCAGUAUGUGAUAUGGCAAUCAUCAGUCAUUUAUAAAUCAUUUGAAGAACACGUUUUUAAGCUUUUGCAUUUUGGUUAGUUUAUUUAAUAGAUUGGUUUUGAUGUUUGUUGAUGCACAAGAGAGUGAGACAUUAUUGACUUCACGUCAGAUUGGAAGUUUUCAAAUGUAUGGCUGUGGGUAAAUCGUGAUAGCUUCAGUUGACAUUAAAAUGUCGGUUUUAAAUGAUGGGAUAUUUUACUCAUAUUUCAGUACUGAGAUAUGCUAACUAUAUACUUGGCAUAGUUUUUCUAAGUUAAUGGUCUUACAAUCUUUAAUUGACUGACUACCAUGAAGUCCUUUGUUGCUGCUAAGUUUCCUGCAAAAAGAAGUUGUUGGACUGCAUUUUAGUUUUUGAUUUACAUUGAGGAUUCUUAGAACCCUUUCGGCAAAUAAAAAAUGUGAACAUUUCAUUUAAAUAUAAAUGGUACAUGCAUCGUGAUUGUAAACAAAACUUAUGUCGAUAUUGGUGAAUCAAGGUUACUGUUCUAAGAUUCUGUGUGCACUUUGGAUCUCAAUACAUUUAGUUCGCAGUUGGUAACUAUCACAUAAGAAAUCCUAAGAUGAGUGUCUAGUUGCUAAACACUAGGCGUACAAGAACAACUGGAUCGUCAUGUUGUCUUCGCAAAAAGAAGAAAUAUCACAUGUUAAGUCGGUUCUAUUUCAGGCGUCAUAAUAAUGUUAAGAGGUUGAAAUAAGGGAGCAUUUUGCAAGCUUUUCUGUUUUCUAUUCUUAGUUUGUGUUGGUUGCAUGUUUUGUAAAGUACAAGGCGAACUGUUGACUUAAGGUUGAACUGGCAGUUGUCAGACAUGCGACUGAGAGAAAGUUAUGAAAUCAGGCAUCACUUGAAUGUUAAAUGUGUCUGUUCUUUAUCGAUUUAAUGUUUUGCUUGUGUUUUGGUUUCACAAUACUGUAAAAUUGCACUUGACCUAUUUUCUUGAAUUUGUUGAUUUUGUGAUCUAAUAAAGGCAACUGACUACCAAGAAGCCUAUUGGCUGCUGCUCAGGUUCCUGCAGAUAUGAGGUCUUGAAAUUUCGGUGAUUCUCUGGAUAUAUACAGAACUGUAUUCUUUUGCUUAAACAAGAAAGGGGACCUGUAUUAUUGUUGACAUGGUCGCUUACCUGUAUUGUCCUUUCCGUACAUAGAGUAGUCCAGUUUAUUCUUCUAACUGCUAUGCUUUUUCUGGAUUCGUUAAUAAACUACCAGAAACUUGCUUCCUAGUGUUUCACAAUCAACAAAUGUAAUGAAUUAUGAUAGCCACCGGAAGUUGUGACAAAUUUCUGAUGGAGAAGCAGCAUUUGUAGAAAUUGAAGAACGAGAAACGGUCCUUGUACUUUUGAGCUGGAUUUUUUGUAUCUCCAAAAGAUAUUGACAAACAAGAAGUAAUUUGAGGAGUACGACUGCAGAUAAUAGUUGUAACUAGUUUUUGGUAUAUGAAUCGGGUGCAAAAAUAUUGAACAGUUUGGAUCAUGGCACAUGAGAAGUCAGACAUAUAUUCUGUAUUAUGAAAAUUGUAACUUGUAAGCAAGUCAAUGUUUCACUGCUAGUUAGUACAUGGGAUUGGAAUGUUUACAUUGUUUUUACAAUUUUGAAUUUUCCACAAUUAAACUCUAUUUCCUAAAUGAGUUCUAUUUUCUCAAACUUUAAUAAAGUAAUAACGUUACGUUGGCAACACUACAAACAAACAAGGUGGAAAUUUAGGCUCUACUGAGUGGAAUUCAAUUGGCUCAGUCGCAUGAAAUCACACACCUUAUGAUUGAUACAAUGUUUCGACAGGCCUCAACAUCAACCCAACAAAAUGAUGGGAACUGCCGGUAAGAUGUUGACUAAUUUCAGCAGAUUGGAGAUCAACUUAGCACAAUGAGGAGCCGACUUGAAAUAUAUAGGUGUUCUUUUGGAAACUUUUGUCAAGACGGACCUCGAUCAAACUUUCAACAGAUUUUGUAUUAGAGUCUGUUACAGACAUAUUUUGCCACUAUGAUGCAAUAUAUAAUGAAUUUUAUGUUCCAACAAGAAACUGGCUAUUUUUAAAGCCAGCAGGCCAAGAUGUACAAAUUUAUACCUUUUCAACUCAUUUAAAAUUGUUUGCAUGUAAAAACCCCCAUAAUUUUUGGGGCAUAGUAAGAACUUUUUCAGUUUAGUUGUUUCACUUGGAUUUCUUCUUCCCAUUUUCCAACGUAUACAGAUCUGUAUGGAGUGACGGAUGUCUACAAGCCAGGAACCUCUUCUUUUCAUAGGAAACAGAAAAGCACUCAUGCAGAUGAUGUAAAAAUGUAAAAUAGGAUAUGUGAGUGAUAAGCAAAUCCCAGUCCAUCGAUGGACAAAUAAGGAAAAACGACAUUAAUACCAAGGUUAACAAUCAUUGUCUGAGCAGUUUAGAGUGCAUCUUAUUAUUAAUCUUAGGACAUGUCAGGCAACUCCAGGAAAUGCAUGCAUCACCAAUAUUUACAAGACUCAGAAGUUCCUCAACUCCGUCAUCGCACGGAGCACAGAACAAGUUGCUUAUCGUCG